AUGGCGAAACAAUUAAAAACGUUUCAACUGAAAAAACGCCAAGCUGCCGAGCUAAUUAAAACCGUGGAACAGUUCACCAGUGAAUAUACCGAUGAUAGAGUGAGUGAAGUAUCAGUGUGUCUAGACCAGCUGGAAAGGUAUUACGAAGAUUUUCUCCAGGCAAGCGCGAAAGUUUCGGAGCUAGAUGAGGAUGGGGCGGAAACGUAUGUGGCGGAACGUUGCGAAAUGGACACGCGUUACCGACGCGUGAAGGGUUUCCUUCUACGAAGGCAACCCUCGAACCCGGGUGUGAGUGAUUCGGUGUUGAUCGCGAAUUCAACGAUGAAUACUACGGGACGAUCGAGUGCUGUGAAUGUGCGUCUGCCGAAAAUCGAAUUACCUACGUUUGAUGGUGAUUCUACCAAGUGGCUUACGUUCCGGGACCGAUUUGUAGCUAUGAUUGAUUCUUCCGCGGACAUUCCUAACAUCAUGAAGCUGCAAUAUCUGCUGUCGUCGUUAAAGGGUGAUGCUGGAUUGCUCUUCGAGCAUACCACCUUAACAGCAGAUAAUUACGACGUGACGUGGACUGCCUUGCUGAAGCGAUACGACAACCCGCGUACGCUUGUUCGCGAGUACUACCGGAAGAUUCAUCACCUACCGACAGUAGAUGUGGUUAUUGGCGGUGAUACAUUUUGGGAACUACACACUGGCAGGAAGCGGUCACUGGGCGAAGGAAAACCAUGGUUGUUGGAGACACCGUUUGGAUGGGCGAUCUCUGGGAAUACUUCCCGUUGUUCUGGGCCCAAUUUGCGGUUGUGUCACCUGGCAACCAAUGAAGGUGACAUUGCAGCUUCGCUACAACGGUUCUGGGAGGCUGAGAGCAUUUUAGAAGGCCCUGCGUUGUCUUUGGAAGAAGACCUGUGUGAGAAGUAUUAUGCUUCCACGACUACGCGAAAUGCUCAAGGUCGCUAUGUCGUGUCGUUGCCGCGAAAUGCCAAACCGGAGAAAGUCCUGGGUUUGUCAAGGGAUAUAGCAGAUCGGCGUUUGUUGGGAGUUGAACGGCGGCUAAAGGCCAAUCCUGUAAUGGAAAAGGAGUAUAAAAGGUUCAUGGUAGAAUACGAGCAGUUGGGACACAUGGUGAAACUCACCGAACCUGUCGACGAUAGUGAGCCGCACUGCUACAUCCCUCAUCAUGCCGUGAUUAAGGAGUCGAGUUCUUCAACCAAGGUUCGUGUUGUUUUCGAUGCAUCCUGCAAAACAACAUCGGGCUACUCCUUGAACGACACUUUACUCAUUGGCCCAACGGUACAAGAUGAUCUGCUCACAAUCAUCUUGCGAUUCAGGAAGCAUUCUGUCGCAUUAGUGGCAGACGUGGAGAAGAUGUACAGGCAGAUCCUGCAUUAUGAUAAAGAUCGAAAACUGCUACGCAUUCGAUAUCGGGAACGUUCAACCGAACCAAUAGCAACGUAUGAGCUACAAACGGUGACCUACGGUACCGCAUCAGCUCCGUUCUUGGCCACUCGUACGUUGCAACAAAUCGCGCAUGACAACAAACAGGAGUACCCCAAAGCCGUAGACCCGGUUCUGCAUGAUUUUUAUGUGGAUGACUUGCUGACUGGUGCAGCAAGUGUUUCAGAAGCCAUCGAGACACGUAAACAGAUAUCAUCGAUGUUGGAAUCAGCGGGCUUCUCACUAAAGAAAUGGGCGUCGAACAUACCGGCUGCGCUUGAUGGUGUUCCAAGCGCCGAUUUGGCCAUCAAAUCACUUCUAGACUGGCAAGAAGACCAAGCAGUCUCAAUACUGGGCUUGGUUUGGGAACCAUCCAACGAUAUGUUUCGGUUUCGGGUGGAUUUGCCAACCCCUGCAGAAGAGCUGACACGAUGCCUGGUGUUAUCAUACACGGCCAGAAUCUUCGAUCCUCUUGGUCUGUUGGGACCAACGGUGAUACUCGCCAAGAUGUUCCUGCAACGCCUAUGGGGAUUGAAGCACGAGGGGAAGACGCUGGACUGGAAUCGUCCGCUACCAGCGGAGAUUCAGGAAGAGUGGAGGAGGUUCCACUCAACGCUCUAUGUGUUACGCGAACUGCGAGUACCUCGAUUGGUGGCACAUAGCAAUCCGGAAAGGCUGCAGCUGCAUCUCUUCGCGGAUGCAUCUCAAGGAGCCUAUGGAGCAUGUUGUUACGUACGCUCGGAUUCGACACGGGGCUCGACGGUUAGAUUGCUAGUGGCUAAGUCCAAGGUGGUGUCCCUCUCAAACACACAUUCCAUCGCCAGAUUAGAACUGUGUGCAGCACGGCUAGCAGUACACCUGUUCCAGAAGGUGAUUCGAGCACUCAACGUUUCAUCGUCGACGGUUAUCUGUUGGACAGAUUCCAUGACCGUCAUGCAUUGGCUCAAAUCAUCACCUCGUCGAUGGAAGCCGUUCGUCGCCAACAGGGUGGCGCAAAUACAAGAGGAGACCCGAAUUUCAUGCUGGCGUCAUGUUCCUGGUAGCGAUAACCCGGCGGAUGAUAUAUCGCGCGGGUUGAGGCCCGAAGAGUUACUGCAGUGCGAGCGAUGGUGGCAGGGGCCACGUUGGUUGUCCUACGGACAGGAAGAGUGGCCGGUGGAACCAGUACUCGCGAAAGAGAACGAGAAGGACAUCGAGGAGCGGUUAGCGGUGUCCAAAAUAGUCAUCACCUCUACGACGUGUGACUUUAGCAACACACUUUUCGCACGUUAUUCCUCGUACGGCAAGUUGCGAAGGGUUGUUGCUUAUUGCUUGCGAAUCCUCUCCAACCUCAGGGCGAGCAAGUCAACGUCGAUCAACAGCGUCAAGCGGAAUACGGACAUGAAGACGCUAUUGAGUUCCGUUCCACCGCUUACAGCGGCGGAGUUGCAGGAUGCGGAACUGAGGUUGUGUCAACGGGCACAACAUGAUUCGUUUGCGGAGGAGAUGGACGACCUGAAACGAGGAAAGCUGGUGAGCGGAAGGUCGAGACUAAAGUGGUUGUCUCCAUACCUCGACCCAAAGGGUGUGUUACGCGUCGGUGGCCGGCUUGGUAACGCCAACAUACCAGAGUCAACCAAACAUCCGAUUGUCCUCGCUGCAUCACAUCGGCUGUCGACACUACUGGUCGAGAACACUCAUCAUCAAAAGAUGCACGCGGGGCCACAAUUCAUGUUAGCAACAAUCCGGCAGAAGUUUUGGUUGAUUGGGGGCCGAAACUUAGCAAAGAGCGUGUACCAUCGAUGCCACACAUGCUUUCGGAAUAAGCCAACGCUGGUGAAACAGGCGGUAGCUGAUUUGGCUACAGGCCAGGGCAAAGCACGCGAACAAUACACCGGUGAAGCUAGAA